AUGUUCUCAAAUGAAGAUUAUGAUGACUGGAAGAUCAGAAUGCAAGCUCAUUUGGCGGCUCAUAAUGAUGAUAUGUGGUGUGUCAUCACUGACGGUCCAAUAAAGAUUUUGAAGGUCAGCACAACCACAACUACAACUGAGGGUGCUCUUGAGAUGAAGGAGAAGCCCAUAUAUGAGUGGACUGUUGAAGACAAGAGGAAGGCCAACCUCGACAAUGUGACCAAAGACAUUCUCUACAAAACUCUUGACAAAAACAUGUUCAGUAAGAUCAAGUCAUGUUCUACUGCCAAAGAGAUUUGGAACAAGCUGACUCAACUCUGUGAAGGCAACGACCAAACCAAAGAAAACAAGUUGAUGGUUGUCACACAGAAGUUUGACAGCAUCAAGAUGCGUCAUAGAGAGACAUUGAUUAAAUUCGAUGAAAGAUUCAGCAGCAUUGUCAUUGAACUCUCCACUCUAGGAAAGACAUAUAGCAACAGAGAGGUUGCAAUCAAAUUGAUGAGAGCUUUGUCCAGAGAAUGUCACUUCAAGGCUGAUUACAGAAAGUCCAAGAGGGAUUACAAGAAGUCGUUUGAUAGAAAGAACAAGAAGGAUUAA